UAUACAUCUCGAUAUGUUGCUUCGAUCGACAUGCUCCGUCACGCCUUGGUGUUUCCUCUCUUGAUGCACACCGAGCUAAGAGAAACUCUGGCAGCUUGCUGAGGAGAAACAUGAGGGGAUUCUGAUCGAUAUAUCCUGUCUCCAACACCAAGAGCGGGGAUGGUGAUAUCAACGAUGCGCGGCCCCAUUCUACUGAAUGAAAGCAUCAAUGGCCACGGUCAAUCUCUACUCAGGUACAGUACAUGCUCAUAAUCUAACCGAACUCUCCAGACAACAAAGGUUGAACUCGAGACCAUGUCCAGCUCAGUAGACGUUCUCCAGUCUAUCGACGACGAGCAGAUCUUGGCCAUCAAUCGUGCCAUCCUCCAUGAUGCGGAAUUCUUUGCCGCUGCUGAUGGAGUAGAUCUCUGCUUUGCCCUGUCUUGCGCAGACAGUGAUGCAAGCCUCGUCUUUGUGGUCGAAAAUGGAAUCACCACAAUACAUCGACCGGCUGCAUCGCACCCUACACCUCACUUCCGACUUCAAGCCACCACCGAACAUUGGUCUCAGGUCUUUGCUGCCACGCCACAGCCACCCUUUCAGUCGUACUGGGGCAUGUUGCGAAUACUAGGCCGUGACGCCGGGGUCGAGGUUCUAGGUGAUCAGACUGCCUUCAGCCGCCAUGCCCGGAUAUGGCGGAUUGCAUUGGAUCGAGCCCGAGACGGCCUACAUCCACCACCAUCAAGCGAUUCUGCAGAACAAGACUUUACACCCGACGAUGAAACAGAUGAUGAUUCCAUCAUUGGUCAUUAUCUCUGGCUCACAUUGCCCUCCGUUGGCAAAUGCAAAAUCUUUUACGAGGUCGCAGGUCAAGGUUCACAGCAUAUCCUGUUCCUCCAUACUGCUGGCGCUGAUGCCAGACAGUACCAUUCAUUGAUGCUGAAUAGAGACUUGCAGAAAAAAUGUACCAUGUACGCAUUUGACCUGCCCGGCCAUGGACGAUCAUUCCCUGGCCAACAUCAGUACCCUGGGGCCUACGCCAAUUCAGAAGCAUUUUAUAUUGCCGCCAUCAACCAGGUCAUCUCUCGUCUGAAACUUCAAAGGGUGAUUGUGUCGGGGGCCAGCAUGGGUGGGCAAGUGUGUCUUGCCGUUGCUCUUCGCGCCAGAGAGCUCGGAGUUGGCGGUGUGAUUCCGUGUGAAGCCUGUGAUUAUAUCGCCCAAGACCGAGCCCAAAAGAUCUACUCACUCGUCGGAGAUGAAGCCAUUCUUAACCCGGAAAGAGUAUGCGGAAUGUUAUCACCAAGUUCCCCUGCCAUCUACAAGCGACUCAACUGGUGGAUAUACUCUUCUCAAGCCACAAACAUCUUCCCUGGCGACCUGAAGUUCUAUUUUGAGGGUUGGGACGGGCGUGGAAGAAUGUCGCAGAUCGACACCAGGAUUUGCCCGGUAUACAUGCUCACUGGGGAGUACGAUUACAGCUGCUCGCCUGCCAUGAGUCGGGUUACCGCAGCCAAAAUCAAAGGAGCGGUCUUUGAAGAGAUGCGUGGUUUAGGACACUUCCCUGCCAGUGAAGACCCUGAACGCUUCUUGCCGUACUUCAACAAGGCUUUGGACCACGUGCAAAAGAACAUGGCGAGUAUGUAAAGCAAAA